GGGGCCGUCGAGGGGCUCCGCCGCCUGGCUCCUCCCCCCUGAAACAGGAGGAUCCCCCUUUGCCCGACCACCUCUCCUCCCCUCCCCUCCCCUCCCCUUUGUCUCCCGGCUCCUGCCCAAGGCAUCUGGGGUGGGCGCCCAUAUAAAUGGCCGGGGCAGCACAGGUUCGCGGCCAGCCUGGUGCCGACCCGGCGGGGAAAGGAGCCCGAGCCCAAAGGCCCCCGAGCUGAGACCAUGACCCACGCGCCGUGGGGAUACUCGAAGGAUAAAGGUCCCGAUCGCUGGCGUGAAGCUUAUCCAUUUGCUGGAGGAAGUAAUCAGUCACCUGUAGCAAUCCUCACCAAGAAUGUCCACAGUGACCCUAUUCUAUUGCCUUGGUUUACUGGUUAUGAUCCAGGUGCAUCUAAGACCAUAAAGAACACGGGAAAAAGUUGCCGGAUUGCCUUUGAUGACACUUUUGAUCGCUCAGUGCUGAGAGGAGGACCACUUCCAAAAAUUUAUAGGCUGCGUCAGCUGCAAAUACACUGGGGUUCUACAGAUGACAAAGGCUCGGAGCAUGUUGUGGAUUUGCAAAGGCAUGCGGGAGAGAUUCAGUUGGUGCACUGGUGUUCUAAAUAUAGCAAUUAUCUCGAUGCUUGUAGAAAAAAUGAUGGUGUGGCCAUUUUGGCAAUGUUUUUGAAGGUAGGAAAAACCCCCAAACCAGAGAUGAAAAGAAUUAUUGAAGAAUUGGACGCCAUUAAGACAAAAGGGAAAGAAGUUCCUUUUCCAAACUUUGAUCCAUCUAUUCUUUUCCCGCAAAAUCGGAAUUACUAUACCUACCAAGGCUCCUUCACAACACCGCCCUGUGAAGAGUGUGUUACCUGGAUUAUUCUGAAAGAGCCUCUAAUUGUCAGUGAGGAUCAGAUGGCAAAGUUUCGCACCCUUUCUUGCAAUGCGGCAAAUGAACCCUUUUCUCCCCUGGAGGACAACUGGAGACCUCUUCAGCCACUUAACCACAGAAUGAUUCGGACUACGUGCCAGUAGAAUAUUUGUUGAAGUUCACCAUUUUGAGUUGUGAAUAUCUUAUGAUUUUACACUCAUGCUGUUUACCAACUGUGCUGUUGAGUCAGAAAAUCUGCACAAUGAAACAGGACAAGUUACUAAAUACAUCUGACCUGUAGAACAGUACUACUCUCACCGAUGGUCCCUGGAUGAUUGUAGGCCUCAUGAGCCAUUGGCUGUUGGUUUUUGGUGUUCUCCAGAAAAGAAAGGGAGGAAAACCCAUAAUCAAUGCACAGAAAUCUGGUUAACAGUCCCUAUAACAUUUGCAGGUCCUAGACACCAAGUAGCUUGUGAUGUACUCAUUACUCUGGGAAAAAUUACAAUCGCAGUAUUAAGAUAUUGGAUCUCAGUUUGUGAUCUUUAGCAAUAAUAGAAUUUUUGGGGAAAGUAUAAUUCUGAAAAGGAAAUUAUACUCUCCCAGAUUCUUUAAGGGGUUCUUGAACUACAUUCAUUUCAAAAGAGAUCAUGUUCUGUUGUUCCAGGGCCCUUUCAUACUGCAAAGUUAUAAUGCAAUGAUUCUGUUUUCAUGACCAUGACGGCAGCUUAUGAAAUUCUGAGAUUUGCAGUUUAGAGAAUAGUGCUUAGAAUUUCCAUUUAGAGAACAAUAGUGUGUCAUCAAACUAUGAACUCCAGGAUUCCAGAGAAUGAUGUCAUGGCAGGUAAAGUGGAAUCAUAGUAUUAUAGUUAGGAAGCAUGAGUUGAUCCUUUAUCUCCAAAACAGGUCUAGUAUCCUGGAUCGAUCCUUCUGAAUUUGGACUAAUAAAAGCUGGAGUGGAUUUACCAUCCCCAUGGACAUAGAAACCACAGGUCCAGGGACUGCAUGUUAUCCCAAUAAGAGAUCUUGAAAGGCCAAUCCUUUCCACUAUGCCCCCACGGACAUUCUUUUUACUCAAAACAUCCUGCAUCCUCUACAAUAGGCCUGCACAACCUGGCAAUAGUAAAGGGCCAAAAUUAAAAUAGGCGAAACUUCUUUGGGCCACAUGCCCAUUACUGGAGCCAUUGGGGCACCUUGCUCAUAGAGCCUUCAUGCAUAGUUGCAAAAUAUUUAUGAACUGAAGGGCCCCCAGACUCAUUCCCAUAAUGACCCUCUCUCUGUGGAACUGAAGGCAGUCCUAUUAACCAAGGAUAUUAAAAGCUUGUGUGUGCGUGAAGGGAUGCUCACAAAAUCAAACAAUAAGCUCUCUAAUAGUCCCUUGAAAGGCUGAGGGAUGAAGUGCGCUACCUUGACUAAAGGAAGGUGCCUAGCUUGUUAACAGAAAAAGGGCACUUUUUUUGAAACACAUUACAUUGCAAAAGGGUGGCAGUGGGACCAAGGAGGGUGCUAAUUGUGUAAAAGU